GUCGUCGUCGUCGUCGUCGUCGUCGUCGCUAUCCUCCCUUUUACUCCCCAUCCUCUUCUCCUAUCUUCGCGAUACUAUUCCUACUUCUCCCCGAUCUUCCUCCUUCCUUUUAUAAAAUCCUUUGACACCGUCCUGUUCUCAAUAGUCACGAUGUCGUCUUACCGUUCGCGACUCCUCUUUCUUCUCUUAGUCGCGUCACUUUGUGCGUCUUAUUGCACCGGAUGCGCCUUUUGCGAGAAAUUCUUUCAACCACAGCAGCAACAGCGGCAACAGCAGGAGCAGGAACAAGAGGAGCAGUCCUAUCAGACCCGCAGAACUGUAGGCAGUCCGAGACCCUUUGGCGCCGAGAGACCGACGCGCGCGCAAGAAUUCAACAGGACCGGCGUGUUGCACCCCGAGUACCAGAUACCUGCCACCCUUCGACCGGGCAAUGUGUCGCAGUUUUAUUAUCUGAACCCGCGAGAAGGUCCACCUCUCACGUUACUCGUCAGUCCCUGCAACGGUCCGAUAUCGUGGACGGUCAGUUACGUGGAGCCACCUGAAAACGAUCUAGAAUUGGAAGGAGCAAAAUAUCAGACUCGAUGGCCGGUGAAGACUCUCAAACCAGGAUCGCCUUUGUUUACGUACGAAGGAGCAGAGGACCAGAAUUUUACGAUAGCGCGAACGCGCGCUGGUUUAUACUGGUUCGAAAUCAAAUCAUUACGAGGUAGGAAAGUCGAAAAAUCAGAUCCGAGCACCGUACUGUUGUAUGCAACGUCCAACGCCAUGAAUCAUCUGCCAGGAUUUUAUGCGAGCGAAAAAGAGAAUCGUCAGCGUUCUUUAAGAUUUCAACAGAGAAGAAGCAAACGUCGGCUAACCAUAUCUUGGAACAAAAGCCACGUAGAUCCGCACCUAUCCAACUAUUGUUUGGCCGUUACAUCGGGAACUCAAGCCCAUCCUUCGACGCUUUGCGCCGCACAAAACUUUCUCACCGUUCAUUCGUACACCGGUAAGGGAAGUUCCUCGAGCAACAGAGAGCAUCAAUAUCGGGGUGUCCCGGAAGGGGUUCAUUGCGUACGACAAACCAAGUUGACUCUUCACAGAAUGAAGUUCGACACUACGUACAACUUUACUCUAUAUGUGGUUAACAUGCGUAAUAACGUUUCGAAUAAACUCGCCACCGACGCCAUCCGAUUUCGAAAAACGCCGGAAUUGAUGCUACAUACGGGACGUUACGCCACCGUGAGUUUGAGAAAAACCGAUGGUUUUGUCAAUUUCCGGUAUCGCCCACCGGAGAACGCAUCGAGUAUCUUCCAUAUUCUUCCUUGCGGCGGUGGAAUAGUCAAGGCCAAGCUAAGCGCUCCAGGAAUACUGCGGGAAAAAGAAGUGGUGGGAUAUGCGUCUUUGCGAGUACCUGUACUGCCCUCGGGGAAAACUUAUAUUCUACGCAUAUCGGCUACACCGCAGGAAUUAGCGCGAGUCUCGGCGAUCAAAGUGCUCGUUACGCAGGAGUCUUCGACGAUUUAUCCGCAGGUACCGUCGAGGAGCACGCCACGCGAAUAUCGCUCCUUGAGAAGUUGCGACGAGGUGACGAUAGGUGUAGAGCCUGCCGGUGCUGCGAAAUAUUGCAUUCUCGUGAGAGAAUUGAAAGAUUCCACAACUUUGGCCAGCGUUACUAACGUACCCGAUCAGUGCGGUCUCCAUCGUCGUCGUCGAUCCGAGUAUACGUUCGAGGUCUGUGAAGAAAGAGGGAACACCCCGAAAGACAGAGCCCUUCCGUUUACUCUCAAAAGACUGCAGCCCGGAAAGGCAUAUCUUUUACAAAUCACGGCCCAGCUCAAAGGUCGAUCCUUGUCGUAUCCUCUUUUAGGCGUACGCACGAAACGUACCUGUCUGCGUCCAUGA